AUGCAAUUUAAAUUUAAUAGAUUUUCUAAAACUACAGUAUUGCAAAGUUUAAUGCCCCUCGUAUUUAAUGACAUUGAAGCCGAAUUCAAUGACAAUUCAAUGAGAGGCCUUCCAAUUCCACCAUUAUUGAAACUACUUGCAGUGUUACGGUAUUAUGGAACUGGAAAUUUCCAAAUAGUUACUGGUGAUUUGGUUGGUAUUAGCCAACCAACUAUAAGCAGAUGUGUAAAAGAUAUUUCAAGAAUAAUAGCAAGUAAGUUACCGACUUUUGUAAAGUUUCCUGCUACCCUAGAAGGAAAAAUACAUAAUCAAGUGUUAUUUUCAAAUAUUGCUAGUAAUUUCAAAAUAAUUUGUUCAUUAUGCUUUAAAUAA